AUGGAGGAUUCCGAGCGCACCACAAAGCGGUCGCGCUUCGACCAGAAGGAGCCCGAACCCAAGAAGUCGCGUUUCGACCGACGCUCUCGGUCGCCCCCUCGGCGUUCAGACCGCUCUGAGGACAGGGAUCGCAGCCCAUUGAGACGCGAAGGCAGCUCGGGCGAGUCCAAGCCCUCAGAUGCGGCGGCUGCUGCUGCUGCCGCUGCGGCAAGGAUUAAUGCUUCUUUGCAGGCGCGCAAGGGUAUCCAGCAUGUCGACGUACCUCCGAUCCAGAACGAGUCCUCGCCCGCACCGCCUCCAGCUGCGCCAGCCAACGACCAGGGCACCAGCGCUCCGAGCAGCAGCAGCAACGCGCACUCCGGCGGACCGGUCCUCAGCGGUGAGAUGUACGUCGACGACGGCGAUUACAUUCAAGACAUUGAGGUCAAUGAUCUUCGCAACAAGUAUGUCGUGACCAAGGGAGCGACACAGAAAAUGAUCAAAGAAGAAACCGGUGCCGGAACACUGUUGACUUUGCAAGAUGUCACGACGCGGGGAGCAUUCUAUCCUAACAAAGCUCUCGCUACCGCUGCUAACCCACCGUUGUAUCUUCAUGUUACCAGCCAAAACAAGGAAGGCCUGGAAAAGGCCGUGUCUAUGAUUCAGAACAUGAUCAAGCAGGAACUACCUCAGCUCGUAGACGACCGCCGCCUCCGGCGCCGCGACCAGGAGCAGCCCGUCGAGCGCGACGAAUUUGGAAGGCGCAAAUGGCGUGUGGAGAAGGUCUUCAUCGGCCUCGAGUCGGUGCCAGGCUUCAACCUACGCGCCCAAGUUGUUGGCCAUGGCGGAGCCUACGUCAAGCACAUUCAGCAAGAGACUGGAUGCCGCGUACAGAUCAAGGGCCGGGGUUCGGGCUAUCUUGAGGCUGCUACGAACCGGGAGAGCGACGAGGAGAUGUACCUCAAUGUCACUGGCCCCGACGACAGCAUGAUCGACAAAGGAAAGGAACUCUGCGAGGACCUGAUCGCCAACGUCAGGGAGCAGUACGAAGAGUUCAAGGCCCGCCCGCCGCGCCAGCAUGGCGGCCACGGUGGUCGCGGUAGCCACGGCGGGUACGGAGGCGGCUACAAUGACGGCAACAGAGGCUCGUACGGUGGUAACAACUCGUACGAACGCUAUUCUUCCAAUGGCGCCUCGAACAGCCCCGCCCCUCCUGGUACUGACAGCCCUGCCAAUGCUUCAGACUACGCUGCCCAGUAUGCGCAGUACUAUGGAGGACAGGAUCCCUAUGCUCCCUGGGGAGGAUAUGCUAACUAUGUCGCGCUGUACCAGCAAUACUACGGACAACAAGCGGGAGGCCAAACCCCUGGCCAAGCACCUGGUGCUCCAGGCGCCGGUCAGUCGGCCUCGCCACCUCCUCCGCCAUCAGGUGCUGCACCGCCUCCUCCUCCUAGUUCUGCUCCUCCUCCGCCUCCCUCUGGUGCCCCCCCUGGCACAGGUAGCUAUGGAUCGGUUCCUCCUCCCCCUGGCUUGUAA